AUAUCGACGUUUGACAUCUGAGUUCAGUUUCGGGCAUCAGUCUCAUAAAUUGAAACAAAGCGAACGGAGAAACAAUUUUACUAGCUUUCUGCUUGCAAUGGAGGUUGACGAGGAUGAAUUCGAAGUGCCAUCGAGCAGCAGCAAGGGAGAAAAGAAACGUUUUGAAGUUAAGAAGUGGAAUGCCGUAGCACUAUGGGCAUGGGAUAUCGUUGUGGAUAAUUGCGCUAUUUGCCGCAAUCAUAUAAUGGACUUAUGCAUCGAAUGUCAAGCAAAUCAGGCAUCAGCCACCAGCGAGGAGUGCACCGUUGCCUGGGGCGUUUGCAAUCAUGCUUUUCAUUUCCAUUGCAUUUCUCGUUGGCUUAAGACUCGUCAGGUCUGCCCACUUGAUAAUCGUGAAUGGGACUUCCAGAAGUAUGGACACUAAGACUUGCAGCAACUGAAAUACAAUUACAAAUACAACAACAGCAACCAAACACACACACGCGAGCGCGAGCAUACACACACACAUGUGCGAGCACACACACACAAUACACAACACAAAGAAAUAAUAGGAUACUGACGUCGCCGAGUAUUUUCGGUGUUUUGAGGCAUAAGACAAGUCCUCAAUCUAUAUCAAACUUAGGUUAAAAUUCAUGAGUUUGUUUAAUAUAAGAAAUUGCAUGUUGCACACAUAA